GAAAAAAAUUAUUAUAAAUUAUCCGUGUCGCGCAAAUCGGUGCAUAAGUUGUGUAGAAGACAACAAAUUAGGGUUAUGUCGGAGAUCAAAGAGAACUUGAGUUCACAAAAUUCAUCUGUAUGUACCAUUGUUGAUAGGGAAUCAAUAAAGAAUAAUAAUGUUAAAGAUAAUCCUGGCUCAUCAAUUCCGGGCUGUAGUUUUUGGAGCAAUAGUCUUAAUGUUUCCACUGAUGAUUAUGGUAUUAGGGAUGACACUCAUAUUAUUAAUGAAUCUUCUUGUUCUUUCUCAUCUUCCUCAUCUUCAUGCGUUUUAGAUAUUAAUAAUACGUUGUCAUUAUCUUCCCAUGAUUUAUCACAAACAUCCUUUCGUGAACGAUUAGCAUCUUGCUUUGUCGACAAUAAAUUAAUUCAUAUGCAAGGUAAUAAUGUGUUAUCUCUCCUUAGAACACAUCCUUGCUUUUCGAAUUUACCUAAAGAUGUGAGAACUCUUCUUCAUACAUCACGAAAUCAAGUUGUUACAUAUAACGUAGAGCCAGGAGAGUACAUUUACUUUGAUGUGGAAGCACGUAUCGUUGAAAGUCUGUUAAACGUUUCAUUAACAUUUAUUCCUACACAGCUCCAAUUAGAUUUUAAUACUAAUGGAUGCACAUUGGAUAGAACAGGUACUAUUCAUAUCUGGCCUAUACAAUGUAGAGUAUAUAAUAUAUAGCAGGCAAAACCCUUUGUUGAAGGGAUUUAUAAAGUUUCAGGCACACAAUGUGAACAUCAUAAUGUCUUCCAUGGAAUCAACCAUUCUUUGAGAAAUGAUGACGAAUAUAUCAGAUAUGUAGACGAAGAUCAUCAUCAUAAAGAAGGCACAGGCCCAUUAUCGUUGCUCCCAAUAGGACAUUAUAAAAGAUAAUCUGACGACUGCUGCAAGGAGAAUUGAUCAUUGAUGAACGAAUACCAUUUAGGACGGAGUAAAGAAGGCCGAAAUAUAGAAUAUAAAAUAUAGAAGAAUCUAUAUUACAGAGAAAAUGUUCGUUUAGGCCAAAAGUGAAAGAUUUUGCGCAUAAGUUCUUCUACAUACAUAAUAACAUCACAAGCCGUGCGCGGACACAGAUGUCUACGGAUCUGUCAACAGUGCCUGCUCGAAUCUGUCGCCAAUCUGACGUCAGUCUGCGUACAGAUUGUUUACUGGGUUGUGAAGAAAUUGGAGCCAUUAAUUAAAAGACAGGAUACUCAUCUCCGACAAAGUAUCUCCCCUGCAGAAAGACUUGCUGUAACAUUACGUCAUUUGGCAACAGGUGAAAGUCAAGAAUCACUAUCUUAUACUUUCUGUCUUGGACAAAGCACUAUAUCUGGGAUCAUAAAGGAUACUUGUGCUCUCAUUUCUGUUUUGCAAGAAACACAUCUGAAAUUUCCUGACAGUGAAUUGGCUUGGAAAGUAAUUGUUCAUGAUUAUAUGGAAAGAUGGAAUUUUCCAAAUUGCUUGGGUGCCAUGGAUGGGAAACAUGUUCGGAUAGAUCCUCCACUUCAGUCUAGUUUCUCAUACUUCAAUUAUUGUACAAGGAAACGUUCAGUAUCGUGCUUUUGGGGGUUGUGGAUGCUCAACUUCGAUUUAUAUUCGUCGAUAAAAACGACAUUAAUAUUCCUCCACCAAGUCCCCUACCAGGAUCCCAAGGAACAAUGUACAGGAAAAAAAGAGAGAAGAAUUUAUAAUUACAGAUUAUCUAGAGCGAGACGAUGUGCGGAAAAUGCAUUUGGAGUCAUGGUCAGCAGAUUUAAUAUAUUCAGAUCUCCAAUGAGAUACGACCCAGAUGAUACUCGUUGCAUUGUAUUGGCGAUUUGUUGUCUUCAUAAUAUGUUGAGAUCUCACAGUAUAGGCCGUAUGAUAUAUACUCCACCAGGAUAUAUUGAUAUGGAAGAUGAAAUGACAGGUCAAUUGCAAUAUGGAGAAUGGCGAGAUGAGCAAGGACAAGAUUUAUUAAGAUUACAACAUCAAGGAGGCAAUCUCCAUGCUUCUGUUGCCAUAGAAAUGCGAAAAACUUUAUGUGAAUAUUUUAAUAACAUUGGAAGAAUACCAUGGCAAGAUCAGGCAAUUCAGUGACAGACAAAAUAAAAUAUAUUUUUGUAGAACUUUUAUUCACUUUGUAUUUUACCAGCUUUGUAUUUUAUUAGCAUAACAUAUUUAGAUAACAAUUAUAAAUAAACAAUAUUAAUAUUU